AUGGAUGAUCAAAUUUAUGGGAAUGUUGAUCAAAGACAAGGUUUUGAUUUGGAUACCGAUGGUGUGUACGCUAAUCCAGAACCAAUUACAACCACCACACACGAUGAAAAUAAAGAGGAGGGUGAGAAGUCUACUGGAGGUGAUUCUACAGUCAGAUGCUACAGAGUGGCUGUAGUGAGUCUGGGGCUGCUGUGUGUUCUGCUGACGGCCACCAUUAUAUCAGUGGCCAUCAAAGGAACUGCGGAGAGAAAGCAGCUACAAGAUGAAAUACAAUUCAGUUACAACAACCUGACCCAGGAAAAAGACCAACUGCAGGCAACAAUCACCAUCCUGACCCAAGAGAAAGACCAGUUAGAAGAACGAAACAGCGCUCUGGCCCAACAAAUCACCAAGCUGUUUAAAAGCAUCUGUGAGUGGAAGUGUUUUGGUUCAAGUCGUUACUACAUAUCCAGCGACAAGAGAAAUUGGGCAGACAGCCAACAGCAUUGCAUGGAUCUAGGGGGUGAUCUGGUGAUCAUUGACAGUCAGGAGGAACAAGAAUUUAUCCUCGAACAAAUAAAGUCUAUCUAUGCCGAGACAAGAGCCUGGAUUGGUCUCAGUGAUUUGGAGACUGAGGGUGUCUGGAAAUGGGUAGAUGGCAAACAUCUGGACAACAAUGGCAGGUACUGGGUGAAAGGGGAGCCAAAUGACAGCGGAGGGUAUGAGGACUGUGCAGAGAUAUUUGGCGGAUGGGGAGGAUGGAAUGAUAGACCCUAUAAGAUGAAAAUGUAUUAUAUCUGUGAAAGGCAAACCAGUUAA